GGGGGGGUCGCGAGACAGUCCAGAGUUCCCGCGAGGCAGCGCGAAUUCGCGCGCCAGAACGAGAAGCCCGCCAGCCACCGGCCUGCCGGCGCGUGGUGUGCAGCCCGCCAGCGGCGCGUGGUGUGGAGCCCCCACCCCGUGCCCAGCCCAACGGACGGCCGGGGUCGCUAGGAGACGGAGCAACAUCCGCAGACAGCGCCCGGAGCGGACAGACGCCGGGGCCGAGGCGCAGCGGCUUAGCAGCCCUCAGGCGGAGCGUGGCCAUGGAGCGGAGGAGCCGAGCCCAGCGGCGCCGAGCGGAGCCGAGCCCGUCCUUCAGCGAGCCAGCAGGAGCCGAGCUGGAGGUGCAGGAGGCGGAGGAGGCGGAGGUCGUGGAGGUCGUGGAGGU